AUGGAAAAGGAGCUGUAUGGGCUUUACGACCGCCAGAUAAGGCUUUUUGGAAAGGACACACAGAAGUCCAUAGAAGAGUCACACGUGGUAGUGGUGCAGGGACCUCCGUACAUCAUGGCUGGAGAGAAAAGGAUCAACGAUGUUGGGGGAGAAAUACUCAAGAAUCUGGUGCUCCUUGGAGUAAGGAAGAUAACGGUAAAUGCAGACGUCCUUGUCUCCUUCAAGAAAAUAUUUGCUAAUAAGAUUGAAAAAAUAAAUGAGGAGGUAAAAGUGACAACCAUUGAUCAAGAAAAGGAUGAAGAAAUCUGGGCCAGGUGCACCCAGGCCAUCUUCAUUGACAUGAAAAUGAGAACAAAUUGUCCAAGCAUUUAUGUUUGCUCCAGAUGUAUGGCGUUCCAUCCUCUUGACCAAGAACACGUUUGUAGAGAAUAUGACAGUGUCUCUGUUGCUCACGACUGCUUACUUGGUGCCAUAAUAGUGCAGGAGUGGGUGAAGAAACUUCAAAAGAGAUCUUUUGUAGACGAAUUCAGGCUUGAGAUCUAA